CGCAGAGCAGGCUCCAUACUGUCGUCUCCGCAGCGCCCUGGACGCGGCUCUCCCCCUGAAAUGACUCCGCGUCGGUCGCGUUAGGAGUCGCCCCACUCGGUUCGCCUACAGCUUCUUUUAUUCGGCCGCUGUCGUCGGUGGAAAGCGGUGGGCUACGAUGUCUGGAGCGGCCGGUGGGGGAGGAGGCUCCUCCUGCCUGGGUGCAGCCGCGGCAGCCGGGUGCAGCUCCGCCGGCUCCCCCUACGCCGCCGCGGCCGGAGGAGGCGCGGGGGUGGCCGGGAGGCUGCCGGCCCGCGUCCUGGAGCACAUCUUCUCCUACCUGGAGCUGUUCGACCUGAUGCGCUGCUCGCUGGUGUGCUGGCACUGGAACAAUAUCCUGGCGGAUGAAAACAGCGAGGUGUGGCGCAGCCUCUCCAGCCGCUCUCUGAGCGAUGAAGCCCUGCGGUCGGACAUCCUGUGUAACCUGCCCACCUACAAGGGGAAACUCAAGGCCUUCCAGCACGCUCUCAGCUCUCACGACUGCUCCCGCAACGUUUACGUGAAGAAGAACGGCUUCACGCUGCACCGCAACCCCAUCGCCCAGAGCACGGACGGCGCGCGCGGCAAAAUCGGCUUUUCGGAAGGGCGGCACGCCUGGGAGAUCUGGUGGGAGGGCCCGCUCGGCACCGUGGCCGUGAUCGGCAUCGCCACCAAGCGGGCGGCCAUGCAGUGCCAGGGCUACGUGGCCCUGCUGGGCAGCGACGACCAGAGCUGGGGCUGGAACCUGGUCGACAACAACCUGCUGCACAACGGGGAGGUCAACGGAAACUUCCCACAGUGCAACAACGCGCCCAAAUAUCAGAUCGGGGAGAGAAUACGAGUGAUUCUAGACAUGGAUGACAAGACUUUAGCCUUCGAGAGGGGCUUUGAGUUUCUGGGAGUAGCUUUCCGCGGCCUGCCCAAAGCCUGCCUGUUCCCCGCUGUCUCGGCGGUGUACGGCAACACUGAAGUCACCAUGGUGUACCUGGGGAAACCUCUGGACGGCUGAAGGCGGAGAUUCCUCCUCCACCGUCGAAACUCGCAAACCCCCGGACCUUUUCACGACAAAGGACGACUGACUUCUCCCCGCCUUGGAAGCUUCGGCGGGGAAAGUGAUCAUGCCUCUUCCAAACCGAAAAAAAAGAAACUUUGACACACACACACACACAGAGAACUGUGUGUUUUACUACACCUCAACACGAGCCAUCAGUCGGUUCUUGGACUUGACAAACCGCAGGGUGAAGGAUUGUAGAUUAUGGAUCCUGCUAAACAUAUUUCUGUAUCAACGUGGACAUUUCCACUUUUACAGUUUAGCUGCUGGACUGUUUUAUUCACAGGAGACAUAAUAUAAUCUUCAUGCAACUCAAACUAACAGUGCUGGACAUUCCCACCAGAGGCCAUGUCUGCUUGAAUGAGGCCAAAACUACUCUAAGCUGUGGCAAAUACUUUAAAUGAGUUUACAGCCAAAGGAAAGGUUGUGAUCGAUUUGUUGUAUGAGUGAAUGUAAAGCGCCCAUACAGGAUAACUAUAACCAUGGACUAGAUUAUAAUGAUUUUACUGAGAAUCAGUGUGAUCUAAUGUCAUAAGUUGAUGUAAGAGGAUAUAAAAGACAUGCAAGCCAUGCAUGUGCAUGGAUUAGCAGUGUACGCGCUGAAACACGUCCCCUUUAUAAAUACUCCUCCAGUAACGGUGAAAAAGUGUCCCUGUGACCUGAUGAUACGUGUCCUUUUUAAUGUGCUACUGUAGUAUUAUACAUUAUUUAUUUCAUGGUUUUAUCGAUGGUACUAUAUUGGUUAACGAGGCCUGAAAAUAAAGCCUACAUGGUGCCACUCUUACAGUAAAUGUAGCUCGGUGCGUGUUUUUUGU